UAAGCUAUACUGGAUCCAACUAUGCUGAUGACUUGGAAGAAAGUUUCCAUCUGCUGCAGCAUCAGGACCUGUCAGAGAUGGCAGACACGCCCAUUCUUCUUACCAGGGCAGAGACACGCCAGCAGUAAGAAGUACAGCGACACCAUUCUCCUACCCAAGACAACGUUUCCCAUCAGACCAAAGAACCCUGCUGCUGAAGAGGUGGAAAUACAAAAGGUUUGUGGGUUUGCUGAGCUGUACUCUUGGCAAAGACAACAGUAUAGACAGAAGGAUUUUGUUCUCCAUGACGGACCACCGUAUGCCAAUGGUGACCCUCACGUAGGACACGCCCUCAACAAGAUCCUGAAAGAUGUGAUAAACAGAUACAAGCUGCUGCGUGGUUACCGUGUGGACUACAGACCAGGCUGGGACUGCCAUGGGCUGCCCAUAGAGCUAAAGGCACUGUCAAAAGGCAGGGACAGCUUCAGGAGUCUGCAGCCUUUACAGAUCAGGAACAAAGCAAAACAGUUUGCAGAGAAGGCCAUCAAAAAUCAGAUGGAUGCAUUUAGGAGGUGGGGAGUCAUGGCGGACUGGGAGCAUGGAUGCUACUUCACCUUUGACAAAGAGUAUGAAGCUAAACAGCUGGAGGUAUUUUACAAAAUGUAUGAAAAGGGAUAUAUAUACCAGGACUUCAAACCAGUAUUCUACUCCCCUUCUUCAAGAACUGCUCUUGCCGAAGCUGAGUUGGAGUAUAAAGAAGACCAUGUCAGCCAUGCAGUCUAUGCCAAGUUCCCCAUGUCUACUCUGUCACCAGCCUUGAAGGAUAUUGUGGGAGGAAGACGUGACAUUUCAGUCCUGACUUGGACCACCUUACCCUGGACUAUCCCUGCCAAUGAAGCCAUGUGCUACACACCUAGUCAUGAAUAUUCCCUUUGCCAGUGUAAGACAACAGGACAGCUGUACAUCCUGGCCACUGAACGGGUAGAAGCCACUGCUCAGGUCCUUGGCACACACUUUGAGGUCCUGAACACUUUUCCUGGUAGUGCUCUAGAAGGCAGCACAUGUCAGCACCCCACCAUGAGUGGUAAGGUCUCCCCCCUGCUGCCUGCCCAGCAUGUCAGCAUGACCAAGGGUACAGGACUGGUGCACACAGCACCUGCACAUGGCAUGGAGGACUACACUGUAGCACUGGCCUUCCAACUUCCUGUGCUGACCAUGAUUGAUGAAGAUGGGAAAUACACUGACCAGGCUGGACCAGACCUUAACGGCAGAAACAUCUUCACGGAUGGGAACGAAACAGUUGUAGAACAGCUGAGAUUGGCAGGUCACCUGGUACACGAGCAGAACUACAAGCACAGUUAUCCCUACGACUGGAGGACCAAGAAACCUGUGUUCAUACGGGCCAGUCUGCAGUGGUUCGUCAAUACCAACAGUAUCAAAGACAGAGCUGUGGAUCUGAUAGAUGGCGUGAGGAUGUACCCAGAGGGAACAGCGGCCAGCAGUCUGAAAGCCUGGGUGUCCACCCGUAACUACUGGUGCAUCUCCAGACAGAGGGUGUGGGGCGUGCCCAUCCCUGUCUUCUAUCACAGGCAGUCCGGCAAACCUCUCCUCACCAAAGAAUCAGUGUCUCACGUGAUGAGCCUGGUGCGGAGUCAGGGAACAGACUGCUGGUGGACACUUCCUAUGGAGGAACUACUGCCUGGUGACAUCAUCAGGAAGGCUGGCUACAGUGACGUCAGUGAGUUUGAAAAAGGUGCAGACAUCUUGGAUAUCUGGUUUGACAGUGGAGUGUCCUGGGCUGCUGUGUUACAAGCUUCAGGACGGGUAGCUGACAUGUACCUUGAGGGUAAGGACCAACACGGAGGGUGGUUUCAGUCUUCACUACUCACCAGUGUGGCAGUGACAGGCAGCGCCCCCUACAGGUCAGUAUUUGUUCAUGGUUUUGCUAUGGCUGAGGAUGGCACCAAGAUGUCCAAAUCACUGGGGAACGUGGUGGAUCCAAACCUGGUGGUCAGUGGAGGAAAAAACAGAGACAAGCAGCCUGCAUACGGAGCAGAUGUUCUGCGUUGGUGGGUGGCAGGGUCAGACGUGCACAGCCAUGUCUACAUCGGUAACAACAUCCUCAACUCAGCCAGGGACAGUGUGCUGAAGGUACGUCGGAUUCUGCGCUUCCUGUUGGGAAAUCUGUCCGGGUUCAGACCAGGAGAACACACCGUAUCAUACAACCAGCUCCGACCCUUGGACCAGUACAUGCUACAUGUACUGUACCAGUACGCACAAAAGGUAACAGAUGCCUAUGAAAACUUCCACUUCACCAAAGUGCAAUACCUGACCCUGGGUCUGGUCACCAAGGAACUGUCCAGCUUCUACCUCAACAUUACCAAGGACAGGCUGUACUGUGAUGACCAGAGCUCGAUGGGCCGGCGUGGCUGCCAGACCGUCCAGUUCCACAUCCUGGACGUGCUGACCAAGACUCUGGCACCUGUCCUGCCUCACCUGUCCGAGGAGAUCUACCUGCACCACACCUGUCUGGGGGAUGAAGUUCAGAGUGUGUUUAAGUCCGGCUGGUUUGAGACCGACCCUGCCUGGUACAGACCUGACCUGGAGCCCCUGUGGAGAGUUGCUGAUGAUGUCAGAGAUGCCUUCAACAGGCAGAUAGAGUCAGCUGACCCCAGGCUGUACGAUGUGGCCAUCUUUGCAUCAAGCACAGUGUAUGACGUUCUGAAGGUGUUGCAGACUGAGGAGACAUCGUGCACCUCUGACCUGUGUGAGAUGAUGAUGUCAUCGUUUGUCUCCCUGCACCACGAGGACCAUCAAGGGAACAGCGCAUCAUCUGUGUCUCAACAGUCUGUGUCAAAUGUGUCACAACACCAGAGUGUAAUAUUAAACACAGAUGGCAGCAAGCAAUCAGCACCUUUCACCCUCCACGUUUCGCCAGCCUCCCAUCAGAAGUGUGAACGAUGUCGGAAGUACGUCGCUGCGUCCCCGACUACGCCGUGCGACAGAUGUCUGGCUGUCAUGGCCGACUCCUGGGCCACAUGACAUGAACAAACCCCUAUUUUUGUAGUUAGGACAUGUUGAUUUGAUUAUAUGGAUGACACCUUCUGGGAACCCCUAACUGGUGCAAGUUUGAAAAAAAGAAAAGUUUGGCCAAAAAAAUUGCCUUCAUUAUGAAAUCUAAGUGGUCAGGAAGGUAAAAAAAUGACUAAACACACAAAGUCUGGUAUAUCAAACAAUAGAUUCUAUAUUAUUUUUUUGUUUUCACAUCUACUUCUUUGACUUAGGAAUUGAUUUUGCACUUAUAAAGCAUUCUACGUUACGCAUCAGUCUGUUUUUCAAAAAAAUUUUGUUGCAAUUUAUGACAUGUAUUUGCUCAUUUUUCAUCUGCUUUGUAUGAUUUACUAUAUGGUCUUUUUUGGGAAACUGAUAUGAAUUGAUAUGGAUGUCAUCCAUAUGAUCAAAUCAACAUG